CGCGCGCGUGCUUGGUGCACAGAAAGCAGUUAUUAUGACGAUAAAUUUCACCUAGAUCAGUUACACGUCACAAUGUUUUGGUGAUAUCCGCCUUUACGAGUAACAGCUGAUGAAAUAGGGCUAUGUCGCCGUAUCGAUAAUCAUAUGUUCAUCGAUCUCGUUGUUAUCCACUCUGUGUUCGGUGCCACAGGCAGACGGAAUUAUUUAUUAAUGAUAUGGUGUGGACCGAAAUGACAUCAUUUCAAGACAUGGCGAUUGGCAUUGCCAGAGAAGAACCGUUAUCUCGCUCGGACUCGACAUGUGUGCCUGUCGCCUGGAGUGUGGGGGAUCGUCCCCAUCCUCACCCCACGCCCAGUUUGAUAUAGACGAUUAUUACAGCCUCGCCCAGACGAUGGGGGACCGAGAGGAGGGGGAGAGUCCAGUUGGAACUCCUACCGAGGACGAUGUAUACACACAACUGGCUCAGAAGGAAAGGGAUCUUACCCUUGCAGCGGAACUAGGGAAAGCUUUAUUGGAGAAAAACGCUGAGCUAGAGAGACGUAAUGAACUGUUAAUCGAGGAAUACUCUAGAAAACUAGAGGAACUUGAGCAAGAGAAAUAUGAAUUACAUUUAAAGUUAGAAAAGACGGAAGCAGAAUAUGAGAACAAGAUAAAAGAGCUUCAGUAUGACAUUGAUCAGAUCCGACACGAAUUUCAGUCACAGAUGUAUCAGAGCAGCUCUGACGACAAAGAGAAAUGCCACAUGAUAAAGGAUAUCACUCUUCAAAAUGAACGUCUGAAGGAGGAUGUUCAGAGGGCAAUCUUCCGUGAAAAUGAACUUGCAUUAGAAGUUCAAGGUCUCCGUGAGCAAGUCAUGUCACGAAAGUCAUCCAUGCAUAUCCACCUUGGUCAACUUGAGCUUUUGCAAGAAGAGAUAGCUGUAUUGAACCAGAGGAAGGCAGACUUGGAGAGAAGGAUUGCUGUGUUGUCCGAGGAGAAGGAGGCCAUGAAGGGACGACACGAGGACUCUGUGGAGAAAAUAAUGACACUAGAGAAACAGAACAGGGAGAAAGAGAAACAGAUCCAGCACCAGCAGAGAGACCUGAUAGAGCUACAGGAGACGAACCUACAGUUGGAGACUCAGCUUCACACCAUGGCCAGUCAGAAUAUGUCCCGCGGCAGUGGACAAGUGCUCCAUGCUGAACUGGCUGACCAGGAAUCGGCUCACUCCCAAUCUUUGUUCAAUGAAAUGUCAGAAAUAGUUCCACAUCACAACGGUAAUGGUCAUUCUAAUGGUAAUGGCCACUCUACAUCACUGUUUGAAGAGCUGUCGGGUGCCUCCAAACAUGUACCUGUCGCUAACAUGAUGAUGGAUGGUGAUGACAGUUGCAGCCUCCGCCCGAUGUCACUGUCACAAAUGAUGGAGGAAGACGACUUUGAAUGUGAUGACGAAGAUAUCUGUGUUGGUUUUCGUGGUGCUGAUUCAUCCCAAUUCGCCUCCACCAUGUUGUCAGACUCUGCGUUCCUGUCACACUUCCAGAGCUCCUCUGGUGUCAUGGAUGUUGACUCGGAGACACAUGCACAGUUCCAGGCUUUACUCAAGGUUACACAUAACCUACAAGAUGAGCUGGUGCAGUCCUACCAGCAGUUAAGACAGAUGUGCUAUGACUUCAGCCCAAUGGUCCCACGGGGUCGAAACUCAAUCGUAGAAGAGGAAAGCCUUCAGCCUGGAAAAUUGACAGGUGUUUUACAGAAUCUAAGGGAUCUAAUGCAGGACAUGGUGCCACGCAAAGUCAUGUUCUCUGCCGCAUCCCAGGCUAACUUAGCAGAGGACGAAGAUGAUAUCUCAUUAUCAGAGCUACAGAAACACAUUGGGGACCUCAAGUUUGAGCUGGGUGAGGCCCAAGGUGACCUUGACCGAGUCAAGAUGGAGCUAAAGGAACGGGACCACCAGCUGGACACAAAGAGUCAGGAGCUAGGACAGCUUACCAACAAGGUAAAGGUAUCAAUUUUAGAGUUGACAAUGCAACAUGAUGAAAUGUCACGGAUACAGUCACACCGGGAUCAGACACAGAACAUGUCCGGUUGUAUAAUGACCAGGGAUGAAGUCAUUGAGCAGGCUCGGAGGGACCGAGAUGAGGCCAUUGAAAAACAAAAUAAGAUGGAGAUAGAGUUGGCCAAAGCUAAGCUAGACCUGCUCAGUCUCAACAGUCAACUAAUGGAGACGAUUCAACAAAAAGUGGCAGUGUCGCAGCAGCUUGACCAAUGGCAGGGGCCUGAAGGACGGGUGGAUAUGGAGGAACUGCUCGGCUCACAGAUGACGAAGCGAAUCAAAGAACAAUCGGAAAAGGAGAUAAUUGUGGACAAACUGACAAAACAGAUCAAAAUGAGGAAAUCCAAGUCCAGCUCUUUCUUAUGAUCGACAUCAGAUUCACCUUAAUUAGCAGGAACUAAAGACUAAAACGUAAAUUGUUCAUGACAUUAACAGGAAGAUACAAACCGAACCAUGACACCAUGCGGUUGGACUCGUACACGAAGACGGUGUUCUUGUGACCUUGACCUUGGACAGCCUGAAGACUCAAUCUAGUAAUGGGACUUGACAUUUGCAAUUGUAAGGUGUCAUUUGUAAUAAAUACUUGUUUGGGAUCUUGAACUUGUGACAUGUUCUGGUGUUGAACAAAAGUGAGUCGUGCAGACAGAAGGAGAAGUGGCCAGUGUAGUACCUACUGCUGAGACAAGGUUCUAUACUGUUAUUAAGGAUGUGUACAAUCUGUGGAACUUAACUACGAGACAAACUUUAUAAAUAAAAACUAGCCUCUAUCACUGUACGAUCUGAAAUCAAUAUGCCCCUUGCAUUCUAUGCCACCAAGUAAAAGAAAACUUGGAUUGAAUGAACUUUAAAGUGCCGUGAAUAUGACCCUUGUAUCUUACUGUAUCUAAGUACCAGGUAUAGAAAAUUAACUUUAUGGUGCUGCGAGUUGGGACCUCAAUGAAACAUUGAUAGUCACUAUAAUAUCAAGUGCUUUACUGUAAGUAAAAAAGACAGUAUGUUACGUUGACAGUCAGUGCACCGACAGAUUCUGGACUAAUGGGCCCACAACUCUCUAGCAGUGGUUAUUUGUGAUGAUGAUGAGCAGUACUGGUCUAUUUGAUUUAGAGGAAUGGUUAGAUAGCCGUCACUAUGGUUACCAUUAGAUUCCUGGUGACAUAUAUACACUAUGUAUCUAUACUUCAAACUGUGAAAAUUCUUGGACAUUAUGAGUAAGAUAUAACAUAUGUAAAAAUAUUAUUUUAGCAUUUAUCAUGAGAAAAAUUUCUCAAAAUAAAAAUAAAUAAAAUAUAUUCUCAAAAAUAUGUCACUACCAUGUGGUACCUCCUGCAUUGUAAGUGAAGGGUACAGUCUGUUCUUAGGUGUGGUGUUGCCAAGAUGUGAAAAUGGGUGCGGGAAGAAAAAUCAUAAUGGACCAUUAUGUCAUCAGCAUCACUUAUGUUGAUAGAUCUGUGUUCCACAUCAACUGUAAUUCUUUGUAUCAGUAUCUCUGAUCCUCUUUCAAUACAGUUUCAAGGUCACUGUGGCAGACAGCAAUAAUGAAUGUAAGAAUAAUAAAUAACAACUGCUUUUGAAAUGCUGGGAAACCACUUUUUAAAAAAAUAUCAAAAUUAUUUUUUGACAGAAAUUUUAAAUGUUCAUAGUGAUGACAAUAUCCAAAUCAACAAAUGUUGAUUGAAAUACAAUGUAUUGAUAUUUUGAUAAAGUACAGGAAUGAUUACCAUGUGGAAAUUUUGGAUGAACUUUGAACUCUGACCUAUGAACUUUACCUCAUGACAUUAGACAGCAUUGCAUUGUACAUGUCUUGAUUUUUCAUGUGUAAGAAUUUGUGUACACUAGAGGGAAUUUACUGUUUUCUUUUAAAAAGAGCAAGAAAAAAUUUCUUUUCUUUUUCGUACCCUUCAAAAUAGAAGGAUUGUUGUUUCUUUCACCUCUAGGAAGGAUGUUUCGAUAAAAAAUUAUACUUUCUACCCUAACUGCCAAGUUGAUGUAAUCUUACUGUAAAAGAUAUGACAUCAUUAAACUGUGUAUCGUGAUGUCACGAGCCUGGGUGGCUCGUCUCCAUCCUAGAGGUUAGACAGACAAACCAUUUUUUUAUGAUUACUACAGCUAAAAAGACCAGUCAGUGAAAGCUGGAGAAAAUCAUAAAAAAAACCUUAAAUUACUGUUGCAAAAUCAAAUCAAUUGUGUCAAACUGUAGUAACUUGUGAGUAUAUAUAAUGUAUUUGUCAAUGUCGCUUCUUGUUUAAUCGACAGCUCCCCCAACACCGGUUUAGCUUCCAUUAGUCCCCUUAUCACUUUUGCUUAGUUAGUAGUCCCGUAAUCAGCCUUGCUAAUCAUAUGUCAGAGAUAUUUAGUUUACAUUACGCUUUAUUUUUGUUCACUAGUUGAUAAGAUUAUACAUAGAGAUACAAGUACAUGUUCCAGUAACAUAAAUAUACAUUAAGGAUUAUGCUACCUCACUAUAUACACCUCCUGUACAAAAGAGUUCUGCAGAGAUAAAUAAACCUCUAUUUAUUGCGACUUUCACUUACACACAAAAGAUGAAUAUUAAAACACAUUUUUAAAACAAAUUUUAAUGUGUCUUGUACAAAAAUGAGAGAUAAAUUUGAACAUUUGUCAAAAACUGAAGAAAAAAAAAUAUGAACAGUGUUAUUGUGCAUUUAGUUGUGCUGAGAUCUAGCUGUGUUGCUUGUUCCAAAAAAUUGCUAAAUUGAUUUUGUUGUGAUACAAGUGUAUGUGUUUCUGGCCAUGUGUAAUUGUUUGGAGGAAUUGAAUUUAUUAUAGGGAUUGCAUCUGAAUUUUUCCAAUGUAAAGGCAAGUAUGAAUGGGGUAAAUUUUACUUACGCGGUACACACCUCAUGAGCGGCCGUAUUUUGAUUCAUGAGAAAUGCCAGUUUACUUGUAACCAAUUUCAGUUUUGCUUUAUAUAAAAUCUGAUGUGAGAUAAACACUUAAGAUGUGCUGGUAAACCUGUGGUAUAUCAUUAGAACAAGGAUAUGAGACAGAGCAUGACAUUGUGUGGAGGUAAAGUUAUAAACACUGAUAUAACAGACCCAGGGAGACCUUAGAAAUUAAUUGCAUGUACAUUUGUAGUUUGUUAUAGGCCUAUAGGCACAAAUAGCUUGCCAGGGGAAGAUUGUCUUAGUCAUAAACAAGAAUAUUUACAAUAAGUGUGUACACACAAGCAUGUUUUACUGAAAUACCUGAUGAUGCUUGUGAGUAAUAUAUGAUCAACAAUUGACUUACUAUUACAGAGUAUAAAUAAGGUGUAAGGUACCAUGAGGUUGAUAUAUAAUACUACCAUUGUUACUUCUAUAGAAUUAUUGAAUUCUAGUCAUUUUCUGUAGAAGAUUUCCAUAUAAAUCCCGAUUUGCUGUGCUUUUUGAAUAUUAAAAAAAAAAAAAGAUUAUCACAGAAUUACCAUUACAGAGCAUCAAAAUGAAAGAGGAAUAUAUAUUGACAAGGGAAGUAACUCUAACUCUAAACUUUAUAAUGAAGGGAAAAUAAUACUCCAUUUUGAAAAACAUCUCUGAAUAGGAACACUUUUUUUGCAUUGAUAACUUGUACAGUGGCACUUUUUUUUGCAUUGAUAGCUUGUGCAGUGGCUUUCUAUAGCUUUCUCUAGUGUAUUGUGCUUACAGUGUGAACAAAUAGAUAACAGGUUCUGCUGGACUUUUUUGUGUGUGCAUUUUCUUUUUUCCUUUUUUCCACAAAUAUUUUCAUUGACAUGAAAUUCUGCUUAUACUGUUAAAUAAAAUAAAAAACAGUCAUUAAUUGUUGAUGUUGAACAGAACAUCUAUUUUGUGAAAAAAAAAUUCUUAAAAGGUUUUAUUAUUUUCCCAUUCACGAAGACGUUUACCCUAUGUAAAUUGUUUGACAAUACCAGGUGAACAUGUUCAUUCUGCCUGGUGUUAGUUAUUUAGUUAAUGCUUAAUGAUCUCAUGUUUUAGUCUAGUCAAUAUUUGUGCAUUUACACAUUUUAUUUUACUGUUGGUUUAUGGUAUACUGUUUUAUAUACUUGGGUAAUUUUUGUUGCAAUCUCGAAUUCUUUUUAAUGCAUUUAUAUUUUUUUUCAAAUCUCUGGACUUUGUUUUUCAAACGUACAUUUCUGAAAAUGUUUGUGUUCCUUUUUAGUAAAUUUGAAAUUAUCCAUAUGAAAAACAAUAGAUUCUCCAUCUGAUGUUGAUAUUUGUUAUUCAAUAGUGAUGAAACAGGAAUGUGUCCUGUAGCUUUCAGUCUAACGGAUGAAAUUUUCAGUCACAAACAUAAUCCGAUGCAUAACUAGCUGUUCAGGAUUAAUGCAAAUCAAAGAUUUAUUAAUAGAAUGGUUGCACUUUUCAAUAAUUUUUGGCCCAAUAUAAAAAGGUUAUUUAAAGAACUGUAAAGAACCUUUGUUGGCUAAAAUUAAUUAUUUACAUUAAAAUUUCAUCCUGAAAGUCUGUCCAGAUAAGAUUUUAUGAUGUUCUUUACCAUUCCAUUUAAUACUUGAUUGAUUUUUAAUACAUGUAUAUGUAGACCCGGUACUCUAUUUACUUAUUCGCCCCUGAAGUCACAUUUGAACCUUACCAAAUCAAAGACAGGGCAAGUUCAGUUUAAAUAUGUAGGGGUGAAUGAGUUUAACAAUGUAAUGUGUACAUUGUGUAAUAUCAAUACAUGUAUAUACAAUGUUACGUACGUACCUUGUGUUCCCUGGUGUAUAUUAUGUUCUGGUCUAUGGACAGCAUUGUUGUAGCCUCAGUUGUGUGCAAUUAUUUUUUUGAGUAGAGAUCAGAACAUGAGGAUCUGGUGAUGUUGUAUUACCAAGAAAUAAAUCUCAGACAAAGAUA